CGAUCAUACACUUGGGGUCCUCUAUCUCCAAGCCAAUCGAAGUUUUUCUCGGCUACUCAUUUUCCGGGCGUCGUCGAACCAGAGGCCGGGUAGUCGCCAGUGGUCCUAGAGUGCCGGACAUGGCGGCGGCUGGGGUUUCGUCUUUUUUUUUUCCCCUGUUGCAUCUCUUGAGGUCCGUUUCGGUUAGUUCUCCCUCUGUAUCUUUCGGCUAGGGUUCGUCUUUUGCUAGGGUUUCAGUUAGUUUACGAUAGUUGCUGCAUCAAAGAUGUCUAUACAUUUCCAAGCGUGAAGUAAAUAUCUUAAUAUCUGAUCAAAUAAAAAGAGGAAGAAGUAAAGAUCUUAAUAUCAUAUCAAAACCCCUUUCUCCUGUAACAACGCCAUGAAUGAAUCAUCCGGUGAAAGAAGAAACCCGAUUAUCGGUCGUGCUUCGUCGGGACCCUCACUGGCGGCGGAACUAAUUGCCAACAACACCGAUCUCCUUACCGAGAUCCUUCUGUGUCUUCCGGCCACAUCCCUAGUCCGAUUCAAGUCCGUGUCAAAGCACUGGCUUUCUCUCAUCUCCGACUCCCAAUUCGCCACCAGACAGUCCGGCCGAAACCGUAGGCCCUCCGCCUUGGGUUUGUUCUUGCGGUGGAACUGUGAGAACGUAAAACCUACGUACGUCUCGCUUCAGGGCCACCCGAAUCCACACACGCUCGCCUUCCUCGAUGGCGUUGUUGGAGCUGUUGAAUCCUUCCCGGAGAUUACCCACUCUUCUAACGGCUUACUGUUAUGUGAGUAUCGCUGCUGUAUUUCUCCUCAAGUCUUCACGAGUCGUUGUUACCUUGUUUGUAACCCUACUACGCAGUCAUAUAAAUUGCUUCCAUCUAGGCUUCUUCGUUAUGUGUUACGUGCUUUCUUGGCUUUUGAUCCUUUGAAAUCGCCUCACUAUAAAGUUGUGGUUAUGGGUUUUUAUCCCCGUGUUCAAAUUGAUAUCUAUUUUUCGGAGAGUUCAUCUUGGAAACAACUGCAUCCACCCGUUACAAGGGUUAUACACGUGGUGUUUUGUAGUGGUGUUAUCCACUGGAUAGGUGAGGGGAAUGUUAUCUCGGGAUUUGACAUUGAUUCAGAGAAGAUGUUAGAAUUGCCAAACCCGCCGAAAAUUGAUCGUGUGGACAAGAUUAGGUAUUUUGGAGAAUGUGGUGGCCGUUUGACUCUUAUUCAGACUAAUACACUUUCUGCUGUGGCGUUCAGUAUCCUUGAGAUGGACAAGGACUAUUGUUGGAUUGUGAAGUUUCAGGUCAAUCUUGGACCCUUGAUUUCUGUAUUCCCCGAAUUGGAAAGCACAAUCCAUUACUAUUCGAUCUUGGGUUUUGUGGAGGGGGAGAAGGAAAAAGAUUUUGGACUUGUGUUAACCAUUCGAGGGAAAGUAGUAUACUAUAAUCUGAAGUCCGAGACAUGGAAUGUGCUUUGUGAUGAACCAAUUCCUUAUAGUCAUCCUUACGCAACUUAUCCAUUUGUUGCAUGCCUAUCCCCUCUCUGAGCAUUGCUAUACACAAGCCUAUCCCUCUUCCCGUAAUAAAUAAAGGGGGCCAACUGAUGUGGCAUUAUAACUCCAAUGGGGUUUAUUCAGUCAAGUCUGGGUACCAUUUGGCUUUUCAAUUGCAAUCAUCAUCUCCUACUAGCAGGGCAGAAUCUUCCUUUAAACCUAGUGAAGGGUUUUGGAAGUCGAUUUGGAAGCUUAAAGCCCCAAACAAGGUGAGGAAUUUUUUGUGGAGAGUGUGCAGAAACAGUCAUGCAAAAAGGGAGAAUUUAUUCAAACGUAGGUACCCUCUAUUACUCUUGCCCAGUAUGUGAUAGCUGUGUUGAGUCAAUAGAACACUUGCUGUUUUUCUGUUAGUGGGCGAGGGCAGUUUGGUUUGGCUGUGAUUUGCAUCUCCAAGGUCCUUUGGGUACUUCUGGGUCUUCUGUUAAGUGGUCUGUUAAUAUUUUUGAAAAUCACCCUAAAAAUGAAGCUUGUGAGUUGUUGAGUUCUGUGGCUGUUAUUUCUUUGGUUCAUCUGGAAAUCCAGGAAUGAGUUAGUUUUUUGACAUGUUAGUGUAAAUCCCAUGGAAACAGUAGCUAAGGCCAACUUUGCUUCAAUGGAAUUUCUGAAUGAUUGUGUGAUUCCUUCAGUCCAUACGGAUAACCCUCCAGUUGCGGAUGGUGUGUCUCUGUGGAAGGCUCCGGACUUUAGGAAAAUCAAGGCUAACUGUGACAUGCCUCAUAAACCAACUAGUAGAGAGGGUAAAGCUGCGGUGGUGCUAAUAAAAAGAAUGGAAUGGGAUGGUGGUGGAAGGUUUGGCUAAAUCAAUUAUGAUUCGUUCGGCUUUUACAGGGGGAACUCCAUGCAAUCAGUGAGACGUGUAUUCAGGCUUUGGGUCUUCAAGGGGUUGAGGUAGAGUCAAAUUAGAAGCUAGGUAUUCAUGUUGGUGAGUCUGAAGAAUGGAUCGCGAACAAAGCUGCUCCACUCAGUACCAACUAUGGCAAUGAGAGGCUCUCUCGCCCCCAAAACUGGGGUGGCUGUUCCCCCUUUGUCUCAUUUUUCCAUGUGAGCCUUUUAGCAGUUUCGGAUGAUUCAAAAAAUAAAAAGAUUAGUCACCUUCUUGGUUGUUUUC